AUGGAGACGGCUUCGGCGCGCGCGAGGUCGGAGGCGACCGGGUGGCGGAAGAAACCUGCGUUUACCAAGAGGUACUUGGACACUGUGUGGCCCAGGAGCUAUUGGAGCGGCCCGCGCAGCCGCAGCCGCAGCGCCUUCUGCCAUUACAAGCCGAGCCAAUCUGCGAGCCCCACAGCUGGAAAGCCUCAGGCGUGGGCACCGGAAGAGAGAUCCAAGAAGGCUCGUGAGAAGCCGACCCUCGUGCCUCAAGAAAAGGCGGAGAUGCGGCCGGGCGCCAACAUGUUUUUGCAAGAGAAGAGGCCCUCCUCCUUUUACGCCAAUCUGCCUUCGACAGAGGAAAUGCUCAUGAGGGACAAAAGAAGACAGGAGGUCUUCAUGAAAAUGGCGCAAGUCGGGUCUUUGAAGCUGGUCAUGGCACAGGUCGAGGUUACCUCCGGCUACCAAUUCGCAGACGCCAAAGACUUCAUGAAGCUGUAA